UGCUCACUUGCUCUCACCUUGUCUCACGUUGAGUCUAUCGUUAUUUUAAAGUAUAAAAUAUAAUAAUGUCUGAAUGUUAAUUAAAUUAUAUUAAAUUCAAAUUAAGCCUUAAAGGAAAUGAUUGUGUUAGAAUUGUGAAAAAGUUUAAAUGAUAAAGCAAAAUGACAAGUGAUAAAAGUCUGACUAGUAGUAAUCUUAAAAAUAGGAAGGAAAAAAAACAAGAAGAUGUUGGGUCCACGUUUACACAGGAAUGUAAAACACGUUCCGGUACCGAUAGUUUUUUUAAUAUUAAUGAAAAACCAGUGGACGACAUUUCCAUCGAAUUCUUUUAUAAACCACAUACAAUUACUUUACUUUUAUUGUCAAUUGGAGCUGUUAUUUAUUUCGCUUUUGUCAGGGACACCACGAAUGUAGAAGACAACUUGUGGGCCGGAUUAUUGUGUGUAAUUUUCUUCUUUCUGAUAAUUUCGGUUCUAACAUUUCCAAAUGGACCAUUUACGCGACCACAUCCAGUUGUUUGGCGAAUUGUAUUUGGAUGCAGUGUACUUUAUUUAAUGGCCCUCUUAUUCAUGUUAUUUCAAAGUUAUGAGACUGUGCGAAAUAUAUUUGUUUGGAUCGAACCGGGCUUAUCGUCAUUUCACAUCGAUAUGGAUAAAGAGUAUGGUGUCAAUUGUUCCGACAUAACAUUGGAAAAGAUCUACAAUCAUUUGGAUGUAUUUGCAGUGGCACAUUUUCUUGGUUGGACAUUUAAGGCAAUUUUAAUACGUCACUUUGGUAUAUUAUGGGCAAUAAGUAUUAUGUGGGAAGUGACGGAAAUUACGUUUGCUCAUUUGUUGCCGAAUUUUUUGGAAUGCUGGUGGGAUGCAUUUAUUCUCGAUGUUUUAAUUUGCAAUGGUUUAGGUAUUUGGGUUGGUCUAAAGAUAUGUCGAAUACUUGAAAUGAGAGAAUAUAAAUGGGUCAGCAUUCGUGAUAUUGAAAGUACAACGGGGAAAUUGAAAAGGGCUGUUCUUCAAUUUACGCCGAUGAGUUGGACAUCAGUGAGAUGGCUGGAUCCAACUUGUACGCAUAUGAGAUUUGUUGCACUCGUUCAACUUGUUAUAUUCUGGCAAGUUUCUGAAUUGAAUACAUUCUUUUUGAAACACGUUUAUGAAUUUCCGCCUUCGCAUCCGUUUGUUGUGACGAGAUUGAUUUUGAUUGGUGUCAUUGUCGCUCCAUCAGUGAAUCAAUAUUAUACCUACGUGACAGAUCCUGCUUGUCAUCGAGUGGGGACUCAAUGUUGGGUCUAUGGAGCUAUUAUGGUCACUGAGGCUUUACUUUGCAUACGACACGGAGCAACUCUCUUCGAACGUACCCAAGCUUUAAAUAUUCUCCUUUGGUUAUUAUGUCAAUCUCUAGUCUCAGUACUCUGCGUUUAUGGAUGCGUUUUAUGGCAAAAAUAUUUUGCGACGGAUAAACUAAACAGUCCUGAUCAGGACAAAAACCUCGCAGACGCAAAUCUCUGCCGUGGAGAGCUGGAAAUUGAUGACCAAUCCUUGGAUCUCGAAGGGAAAAAAGAGAAUUAAAGACUCGUGUAAAUAAAGAUUUGCGCUUAAGGAAAAAGAGCAAAAGAAAAAUCCUUACCAGGCUUUCUAGUCGUUUAAGCGCUCACAGAAAUAAAAUUUUCUACACAUAUAA